GCGCCCGCGCCCUCCUCCCCGGAGAGAGGGGCGCCCCCGAGUCCCGGCGGGCGCUGGCCGCUGCACUUCCCUCUCCUUGUCUGGAAACAGUCGUUGGCGUCCGGGCGCGCUGGGCUGAAUCGCAGCGGCUUCGGCUCUCCGCGUCCUUUCCAUGGGAAGCUUCUGAGGAUCUUCCUGGGCUGGGGCAAAAAGCCCUCUCAGGUUGGAGGGGAGCCAUGAGCCGAUUCCUGAACGUGUUACGAAGCUGGCUGGUGAUGACGUCGGUCAUAGCUGUGUGUUGCUCGCUGCAGGGCUUCCGAGACCACACCUUUCUCUAUGAAAAGAUCUAUAUCAGCAAGCCAGACCUGGUGAAUGGCCUCCAAGCUCGGGCCUUCGGAAUCUGGAUGCUGCUCUCAUCAGUGGUUUGCGGCCUCUGUGCCAUCGACAUUCACAACAAAACGCUCUACUACAUCACGCUGUUGACCUUCUUCAUUGCCAUGGGGCACAUAGUGUUUGAGCUGUUUGUAUUUGGGAUCAUGGCUCCCACAAUUGGCAUCAUAGCACCCCUCACGGUGGCAAGUAUCUCAAUCCUGGGCAUGCUAGUGGGGCUCUGGCACCUAAAAGCAGAACCAGGAUCCAGACAGAAGAAGAGAAACUGAGGCCAACAUCACCAUGUCCAAGUCAUCACCUCCCGCCUUCGCUCACCUCUUCCUCCUCUAUGCUCUUCAGUUUCAUUUCUGCUCCAUCGUCCACUUCUAGCCUUUCACAUUUGGUGUUGUUUUUUUUUUUUCCUUUAAUUAAAAAACUUUUAACAUAUUACAUGCAUACAGAAAGUCAGUGCCAUUUAAAUGUAUGUAAAGAAUCAUUUUAGAAUGAGUACUCUGUACCUCCGUCCAAAUCAAUAAACUGCCAGUAUAUCUGAAGCCUGCUGUGUGCCCUUCUCCCACACAGAGUCUCUUCCAUGACUGCUUAGCCAGCCUUCUGCUUUUUCCUUUUAUUUUUAACUGUCGACUUGACUUGUGUGGUGGUAGCAUGCAAACUGUGAAUCCUGAAGCUGCUGCCUUGUCCAGAGCAUUGCUACCAAGGGCUGCCUUGAGGGGUUGUCCACCCAGGUGGACUUCUCUCUGUUGCAGGACCCAAGACUCAGAACCAUCCGUGGGACAAGCAGUUCUUCUAAGAAGGGCUCCCCGGCCAGUGAGCACGGACCAUUCCUUGAGCCUAUGGGUGGAUCAGGGUUGGAAGGGUAUGGGCUAUUUUUAGACCUACAGUCAGCUGCAUUUCUGUAAUGAGAUUUGUGAUAAAUACAGAAACCUUCUGCUCUGAUCAGUCCUGGUACUGGGAGGGAUUGGGGGCAGGAGGAGAACGGGAAAACAGAGAAUGAGAUGGCUGGAUGGCAUCACCAACUCGAUGGGCAUGAGUUUGAGUAAACUCCAGGAGUUGGUGAUGGACAGGCAGGCCUGGCGUGCUGCGAUUCAUGGGGUCGCAAAGAGUCGGACACGACUGAGCGACUGAACUGACUGAACUGAAGCCCAGAGUGCCCCUGCCCUCCUCUGAGGCCUAGCAGAGGAAGAUUCCAGCUUUCUGCAGAUCAAAUACACCAUAAUGAGGAGGACAGUGCAAGACCCAGGCAAACCUGGCUGCCUUUAGUCUCUUGUUCAUUUCUCAUGAAGUCAAAUCUUCCUCAUCUCUAUCCCCACCUUCCAAAUUCUGAGCACACAACUGGACAGCCAGAACCCUCUCUUGUUCUCUUCGCAAAGAAGAAACAGGUUCUUGAGAAAGCAGAACCAGACGACAUGGAAGACACAGCUGCAUGACCAUGAAGAGAGCCUGGGGCCCAAGGACAAGGCCCCGGAGCAGAUGGCUGCCAUCCAGACACAGCCCUGGGCACCUCCACACUGGCCGGACCCUCACGCAUAGUGUAUAGACACGAGAACCCAUUCGCUACUUCAGCAAGUGUUUAUUGAAUAUUUACUCCAUGCCAGACACUUGGGAAGGAAAAAUGAAUGAGCCAGGCAAUGUCCCUGUAGUCAAGAAACAGACUGUCAACAAGCCCACACCUGGAAGAACACUCCAGGCAGUGAUGAGAACUCUAGAUAACCAGGUACUGUGAUUCGGAAGGGGAGGGAGUGCACAACAUAGAUCACUGGGAAAAGCCUCUCUGAGGAGGUGGGAUCUGAGUUGAAUCACAGAGCUCGUAUGUCUGAAUAUGUGAGGCAGUAUUUAGGGCAGAUGGAGCAGCACUUAGUCUUGUUGGAGGACUAAGCUCACUAACUGCAGAUGGGGACGUUCAGAAGUGAAAGGCAGGAGAUGGGAAGGGAGCAGGGGCUUGUGAAGGGCAUUCUCAAUCAGUUAAGGCUCUUUAGGUGAAAGGAACAAAAUCUUCCUUAAACUAGUGUCAGGGAAUGUUUAACAGUAGGAUUCCUGCGUGCUGUUUCCUAUCUCUCAUGAGCCCUCUGUUCCUUAUCAGUCCCUGUCAGGGGAAAGAGAAGAAGCAAGCAGCUCCCAGGACUGAGAUCAUAGAGAUGGGAUGCUUGCAUAGGAUUUCCUUCAUUAGCUUUUCCAUUUGGUGAAAGGGAUUAUUUACAACCCUCUUUUGAUAUGGAUUGCCUUUUGGCCUUAUGGCCUCUAUUGCUCCUUGUUUCCAUGGUAACUUGUAAAGUCAGGUCUUUUGAUCUUUAUCUGAAGAAGCUACCUUGUAAUAUGAUAUAUAUACUCAUACAGAAUUCAAUAAAGCACCCUUGCUCAACCAGAGACUUGGGUCCCCGUGUCCUUCUCUCUCUCUCUCUCUUUCUUGCUGGCUGAUUCCCUGGAGCGCAGAGGCCUGCUGCAUAACCCAGGGAAUAUUAGUCUCUUCCCUUCUUUCACUUUCUUAUUGUCGACUCUGGA